UCAAACCAGCCGCUGCUCACGCCUAUGACGUCGGCCAUGUUUGUUGACAGACGCUGAGGCCGGCACCAAGCCCACGCGAAGAAAACUGUCAAAUAAUAUUAGAAGGGAACCUAAAUCGCCACCCUGAAAGAAGAAACCAUGGCAGACAGUGAUGAUGAGUAUGAGCGACGUAGACGUGAUAAAUUCCGUGGAGAGAGGUCAGAGUACACAAGCAGCAGCAGCACCAGAGACCGUAGAGAUGACAGUAGGCGAGGAAGGGAUGACUGGGCUGACAGAGGCCGUGAUAGUUGGGGUAGCAGAGAACGUGGCUCCUCACGUCGUGAAUACGGUAGGGACUAUGGAAGGUCCCGUGACCGCUACUCUCCUGGAAGACAUGACAUGUCUCCUCCCAUUAAGCGGAUGAGGCAGGACUGGGACGACCGAAGGUAUCCAUAUGAGAGCAGCGGUGGCGGGGCAGGAGCAAAUUAUGGGGCCUAUGGAGGUAGCUACGGGCAGGAUUACGGCCAUCCAUCUGGUCAUGCUGGUGGUGGUGGAAGGUUAGAUGAACUGGGCCCAACGCAGCCACCAAUGAUGACUUUCAAAGCCUUUAUGGAGCAGUGCGACGACUCCAUCUCGGAGGAGGAGGCACUGAGGAAGUAUUCAGACUACAAGCUUGAGUUCAAAAGACAACAGCUAAAUGAAUUCUUUAUCAACCAUAAAGAAGAAGAAUGGUUUAAGGCCAAGUACCACCCAGAGGAGUGUGUGAAGCGACGGGAUGAGCAGCUGUCAAACUUGAAGAGAAGAGUGUCUGUUUUUUGUGAACUUUUUGAAAUGAAUCGAAUGGAGAACAUUAGCGUUGAUGCUGAUCAGUCAGACCAACUUCUGAAGCUUUUGGACUCUGUGGUCAUCAAGCUGGAGGGAGGCACGGACCUUGAUCUUCAGGUCUUGGACCAAGCACCUGAGGAGGAUGUCAAGUCCCAGCCAAUUGAAGAAGAAAAGAAGCCAUUUAUUUUGGGAGAGGACUCUGAUGAGGGUGAAGAGAAGGAGAAAUCGGAAGAAAAGAAUCCUGAUGAACCACUAAAGAUGGACAUGUCAGAGGAACAGAUGGAGUUACAGAAGAAAGCUAAGGAAUACCUGAAACAGAAGGUUAAUGAAGGAGAAAAAGAAACCCGGAAGCGAAAGCACUCUGGCAGUUCUUCAUCUAGUUCAUCAAGCGACUCGGAUGACGAGCCCAUGGAGGAAGACCUGAAAGAGCCGCCACCCCCUGGCAUGGAGAAGGAAGAGGAGGAGAAUGUGACUGAAGAAAAACCUGAAGAGGGUGAAGAGAAGAGCAAAGAGGAGGAGAAGAAAGAAAAUGGAUUGCAGCCCCCAGGAGAAGAGGAGAAUAAGGAAGAUCUGGACGAAGAAACCGCUUCUCGGAAUGGGGAGAAAGAGGAAGAAAAAGAUAAGGAGUCCAAAAAGGAUGAAGAGGAGGAGGGUAAGGAAGAAGAACAGAAACCCAGAGCACUCCACAAAACAGCAUCCAUCUUCUUGAGGAAUUUGGCACCAACAAUAACCAAGCAAGAAGUUGAAGCGAUGUGUCGACGAUAUAAUGGAUUUUUGCGAGCUGCCAUUGCAGACCCUCAACCAGAACGCAGGUGGUUCAGACGUGGAUGGGUAACAUUCAAGAGAGACGUCAACAUUAAGGACAUUUGUUGGAACCUGAAUAACAUUAGACUAAGAGACUGUGAACUCGGGGCCAUUGUCAAUAGAGAUCUGAGCCGACGCAUUCGCACCGUAAAUGGAAUCACUUCCCAUCGCAGUGUAGUCCGGUCAGAUAUCAAGUUAUCGGCCAAGAUCAUCCAGAACCUUGAUUCUCGUUGGGGAUUAUGGAUCGAGUCAACUGAAAACCUGGACAAUGCAUUGCUGAGCCUGACUUCCUCGUCGAAUCCUGUGCUUCGGAACAUAACAGACUACUUAAUAGAAGAGGCUAGUGCAGAGGAGGAGGAAUUACUUGGAGCUAAUGAUGCAUCAGCCAACAAUAGUGAGGAAAAGGCUGAGGGAGAAGCAAUUGAAAGAGACCCUAGUCUGAUUAAAGUAUUGGAUAGAUUACUCCUUUACUUGCGUAUUGUGCAUUCAGUGGAUUAUUACAAUCACUCUGAAUACCCCAAUGAAGAUGAAAUGCCCAAUAGGUGUGGUAUCAUGCAUGCCCGUGGCAUCCCACCCUCAAGUAAAGUAACACCUCAAGAAGUACAAGAUUAUUGUAGAGCCUUUGAGAACAAGAUUGGAUCAUUCCUGCAACCGUUGACCAAACUUAGUGAUGAUGAAGCAAAGAAAUUAGGUCUGAAAGAGGCAGAGGAAGAGGUAGAGAAAUUUGUCCAGUCCAACACUCAAGAGGUAGCCAAGGAUAAGUGGCAGUGUCCCCUCUGUGGGAAGAAGUUCAAGGGUGCAGAGUAUGUACACAAACACAUCCUCAUCAAGCAUGCUGAGAAAGUCAAAGAGGUCAAAAAAGAGGUGGAUUACUUCAACAAUUAUCUCAGAGAUCCUAAGAGACCUCAGCUACCAGAAUAUCCUGGGAAUAAGCAUGGAGGCAGAAAGGAUGACAGGCCCGACCCAUAUGUUGCAGCCUAUCCUCAGCAAGCACCUGGGUAUGGUGCCUAUGGUGGAGCAUAUGGUAGGCAAUACCCAGCCGCACCUGGGUACGGCUAUGGUAGUAGCUACCCCAAAGAUUACUAUGCAGGACGUGGUGACCACUAUGCUCGUGAACCCUAUGCCAGGCCACGUGUAACUUACAGGUCGCGGGUUGGGUACAGGGACCUUGAUGCACCCAAGGAAGACUACUAGUUCCUCAAGGCUAAUUGAAUAUUGUGGACCUUCAAGUCAAAGCCAAGCGUGUUCACUUUUGUGCAGUUACGUAACGCCGCAACGACAUCAUCAUCAUAGAUUUUUCUUCCUGCAGUGGAAUGUGAUUUAUGAAUCAUUGUGAAACAUUUAGAAUUAGGUGUAUGGAGAUCUUAUCAAAUUGACUUAACUUGAGACCUGGUGGACUUCAUUAUACCAGAUAUUGCCUUUACACAUGGUCUUCAUGUUGGGAUUUUUGUAAAGAAGUCAAAUGUGUGAUUUACAUUGAACAGAUAUUUGACAUGUUCAUCUUGGGGGUUUAUUACAGACUUCUAUUCAUGGAUAGUAUAGCUUCAUCCUUGCAAUGUCUUUAAUAUAUUUUGUAUUAUCAUCAGUGUAUUAUUGUUAAUAUACCAUCAGUACCAUUUUCAUUACCUUUUUGAAUAACACUUAUUUGGGCUGCAGUGUUUGUAUAGUUCAUAUAGUUCAUAAAUGGAGAAUAUUUUUAUUGUGACAAAUGUCAGAUUAUUCUGGUUGGACUUUAUCAGAACUAAAUUUGGUUUUAGUUUUCAGUUAUUUGUGUAUUGAUUCAUAUAAUGAACAACUCUUUUCAAU